ACCCCGCCCCACCCCCCCCCCCCCCUCAGUUCCCCCACUCGGUUGCAGUUGCUGCGAGCAGACACCACCACCGCUGCUGCGCACACAAACCAGCGGCGAUAAACAACUACCCACUCCCCGCAAAUUCUCUCCCCGCUCCCAAUCUCCGAUUCGAGGGCGCCGGGGGGAGGGAAUUCCGAGGCGCGGCGAUCGCGAUUGGGCCCGUCGCGGCUGGAAUCGUCGAGGAGCCGAGAGGGAUCGGAUUGGGGCGGAGUGCGGGGAGAGAGGCGGCGAUGGGGCGGCUGUUCCUGACGCACCUGGACGGCAACGUCUACAGCUGCAAGCACUGCAACACCCACCUCGGCCUUGCCGGCGACAUCAUCUCCAAGGCCUUCCACUGCAAGAACGGGAAGGCCUACCUCUUCCAUAAGGUUGUCAAUGUGACUCCUGGAGUAAAAGAAGAUCGCAUGAUGAUGACAGGAAUGCAUACUGUUUGUGAUAUCUUCUGUGUUGGCUGUGGAUCCAUUGUUGGAUGGAAAUAUGAAGCUGCACAUGAGAAGAGCCAGAGGUACAAGGAAGGAAAGUAUAUCCUGGAGAGGUUCAAGGUGUCAGGCCCAGACGGAAGCCAGUACUGGAUUGCACAUGAUGCUCAUUUGGUCGGAAGUGACGCCGACGAUAUAUGAAAAGAGGGAUUGGGCAAGCUCAAGCAUGUUGGUCAUCCCCUGUAAAUAACCUGCGUGGUGUUGGUGUUUAGCCAGCCGGGGAUUGCUCCCAUUGAAAGAAUCCCCGACGUAAAUGUUGUUGUAGGUGACCUGGUCGUAUCCCUCCCAAUUUCCCUGGAACUUAGUUGGAUGUUUCCGUCUGUAUAUGCUUGUAAUCUCUGUUGCUUAAUGGCCCAAUAAAAAUCCGAUUAUCAGUA